CCUUCUCCUCCUCUUCUCUUUCUCCUCUUUUCUUCUUUUCCAUCCCCCCUGCUCGACAACACCAUCACCCCGUCGACAACCUUUUUCUCUUUCUCUCGACUCGACGCCUCUCCCAGCGCGCCGACGUCCCCUUUUAGAUCGGCAUUGCCUACCACAUUCGCUAUUUUUCGCUCAUAUCUUCUACUAAUCUCCUUUCCCCGUGGACGGAACGCGACUCCCGAGACCUCCACGAUCUUUCUUAUAUCAAGUGUUUUGCCCAUUGACGCCAACCAACCACGACCCGCAAAGCAAUCAUCAACAGGGCCGCAUACGUCGAGAGACACUUCCGCUCAACUCAACAGGACCUUUGUUGCCUGUAACCGUCGCUUCCGGUUGAUCUCUUGGAUUGAUUAUCCGCCCUUCUCUCGUUACCUCGAGGAUCGUAUCGCCAAUCGCUCGAUUCGGUCUUCGGUGGUCUUCAAUCCCCAUUUCAUCUUCAACGCUCGUUCACAAUGGUUCGAACAUCAAUAUUCGUGACCGCUUUGGCCAUCGCGUCCACGGCCUUUGCGCAACAAACCUGUGACCUUAACACCAAGUGUCCAGAGGAAGCACCCUGCUGCUCUCAGUACGGACAAUGUGGUGUUGGAGCUUACUGCCUGGGUGGCUGCGAUCCUCGUUCGUCUUUCUCCCUUGACUCAUGCACGCCCGAACCGGUUUGCCAGAGCAAGACAUACGACUUCACCAGCAUGGACCGCAUUACCUCCAAGACCAAGUACCUUGGAGAUGCCUCCAAGACUGACUGGGUCAUGGAUGGUGAUGCUGUCAUAUAUGAUAACAACGUUCUGUUGACGAUGGCUCCCGGAACAGUGGGAACCCUGUUGGCAAGCUCGACCUAUAUGUGGUACGGAAACGUGAAGGCAACAUUCAAGACCAGCAGAGGUGCAGGUGUUGUCACUGCCUUCAUUUUGCUCUCGGAUGUCAAGGACGAAAUCGAUUACGAGUUUGUCGGAGCUGCUUUGGAUACUGCUCAAUCCAACUACUACUUCCAGGGCAUUCCUGACUAUAACAAUGAACUCAACAUCAGUCUUUCAGACACUUUCGAAAACUACCACACUUACGAAAUUGACUGGACUCCGGACUCGAUCACCUGGAGCGUAGACGGACAAGUCGGCCGCGUUAAGCAGCGCACUGAUACCUGGAAUGCCACUUCCAAUCAAUGGAUGUUCCCUCAGACUCCCGCUCGUGUCCAGCUCUCCCUCUGGCCCGGUGGACUUGCCUCCAAUGGUCAAGGUACCAUCGACUGGGCAGGAGGAUUAGUUGACUGGAACUCUCCGCUUAUGACUAACGGAUACUACUAUGCAACCUUCGAAUCCGUGACUAUCUCUUGCUACAAUGCAACUUCUUCUCUCGGCACUAACACUGGUGUAUCUUACACCUAUGACAAUGCUGCCGGUACCAACAACACCGUAGUUGCUGGUGACAAGCCCACGGUUCUCAAGUCCCUCCUCGCCACGGGUACCAAUAUCUCAUCCAAAGGCUCAUCCUCCAAGUCAGCUUCCAGCACUAAGCCAUCGGCCACCGUACAGUCAAUCCCAGGUCUCACCGGCGCCGGCCCGGGAGCUGACCCUCACGCUGGAGGGGACAGUUCCAGCUCUAGCUCUAGCUCCAGCUCCAGCUCCUCCGACUCAAGCUCCAGCUCCACUCAGUCUGCGAGCGGCAGCUCCUCCACUGAUGGUAGCACCAGCGGAUUCAGCCAAGGAGGCUCCAACUCCGGCUCAAGCUCUAGCUCCAGCCACAGCUCCAGCGGUGCAGACAAGCUCGGCGCGACUCAAGAGAAAGUGUUGCAGGGUAGCCUGUUCGCUGGUAUCGUGGCAAUGGUUGCCAUGGUCGUUCUGUGAGAGUAACCAGCUGUCUGACGCUGGAUCUGGGCGGGAUCGAUCUUGCAUUUUC